CUCCUCCCCUCCUCCUUGUUUUUAUCCACCACCACCCCUACACAACUCUACACAUCCUUACACACACAUAGAGAUAAGCAGGCAGUACAUAUAAACCCCUACACACAUCAGCCUCCUCUCAGCUACAACCCGUCUUCGCCUCGUCUCCACCUGCACCAUGAGGCUGCUUUCGUUGCUACCGCUGCUCGUAGCCGGAUUGACCUCUGUUGUGCUCGCCGCGGACGCAGACUCCGGCAAGGUGGUAUGUUACUUCGGAUCGUGGGCUGUGUGGCGGCCUAACGAUGGCAAAUUUGAUGUGGACGACAUUGAUCCUUUCCUGUGCACUCACCUUAUCUUCGGCUUCGCGGGACUCAGCAACGAGACCUGGCAGAUCGAGGUGCUGGAUCCCUGGAAUGAGCUGUGCCCGGACGAGGAGGGCGGGAACAACUGCGCCUAUGACAGGUUCGUGGCACUGAAGGAGGUCAACCCUUCGCUGACGGUGCUGCUAGCGGUAGGCGGCUGGCGAGAGGGCUCCGUGGAUUACUCCGUGAUGGCUGAUGACGCACAGAAGAGGAAGCUCUUCAUUGACAGCACUAUAGCGCUGAUCCGUAAGCAUGGUUUCGACGGGCUGGACCUCGACUGGGAGUACCCGGCGUCACGAGGCGGGAUUCCGGAAGACAAGGAGAACUUCGUCACUCUGAUCCAAGAAAUGCGGCAGGAGUUUGACAAGUUUAGCCCGCCGCUCUUCAUGUCGACCGCCAUGGCUGCUGGAAAACCCGUGAUCGACGCCGCCUAUGACAUAAAGCCCCUGGUGGACCUGUUCGACAGCUUCCACAUCAUGAACUACGACUACCACGGCGCCUGGGAGACCCACACCCACCACAACUCCCCCCUCUGCGGCUACUACCUCGACUCUGGCAUUGAGCUCUACUAUAACGUGAUUUUCACCAUUAACUACUACAUGGAGCUCGGCCUGCCCCGCGAGAAGAUAGUGAUGGGCAUCCCCACCUACGGCCGCUGCUGGACCCUGGACUCCUUGGAUGACACUGGGAUGCUGGCCCCUGCGCACGCCCCUGGACCAGCGGGACCCUACAUCAAGAUCCCUGGCACCCUUGGCUUCAAUGAGAUCUGCAAGCGAUUCCACGAGAUGGAUUGUACAGUGGUUCGUGACCCCGCCCUGCACGAGCCUUACUUCUACUGCCCCUCUGACAAAAUCUGGUGCGGCUUCGAUGACGCAGUAUCAGUUUUUGAGAAGGCGCGCUACGCCAAGAACAUGGGCCUGGCUGGCUUCUUGGUGUGGACCAUCGACACGGAUGACUUCAGGCCGCGCUGCUACGACCAGCCCUUCCACCUGGUGAAGAGCAUGAAGGAGGGGUUCAGCCUGCCCGCCGAUAAUAAUCUGCCGAACUGUUCGUACACACCCUCCACCACUGCUCUCCCCACCACCACCACCACUACCCCACUACCUACCACCACCCUUCCCCCAACCACCACCACCACCCCACUACCUACCACCACCCUUCCCCCAACCACCACCACAACAACACCGGAGCCUACCACCACCACCACCACUCCUUCCCCGACCACUACUCCCAUUCCUACCACGACUCCUGCCCCAACAACUACCGCUGUUCCAACCACUACCCAUCUCCCAACCACUACUUCGGCUUCUGUGUCAACGCCUCGCCCUCCACACCCUCGCCCUGAUUGCACUAACAAGCCCAACGGAGCAGUCUUCCCCCAUAAAGACUGCAAUAAAUACUGGGAGUGUAUAAACGGCCAGGCGAUUCUCCAGCUCUGCGGGCCCGGCACACUUUUCGACGAGGACCUCAUGCUGUGCAACUGGGAAAACCAAGUGGACACCUCGGACUGCACUUUGUGGAUCUGUGAGGUGGACAACACGUACCUGCCCCACGCAGACUGUGAUAAGUACUACCGUUGCUACAGUGGCUCGCCUCACCUGGAGCAGUGCCCGAACGGCCUCUAUUGGAACCAGAGCCUUUCCCUGUGCGACAUGCCCUCCAACGUGGACACCAGUAAUUGCAACCCAGUGUAGCAGACUUGAUCCACUAGACUACAUUUUCUCUUAUAAGGUGCUGCCUUGUAUAGGGCACCUGGCCUUUCGCAGUCUGCUUAUUAUAUUGUUCCUAUGUUAUUAUGUGCAGAAAUAUAAUGCAUGGUGGAAAUAUAAAGCCAGUUACUACA